AUGGCCCGGGAUGAAAUUGAUUUGAUCGCCUACAAACUCACCCGAAUCAUUCAUCAUCUUCUCAAAAUUGAAGCAAAUGCUGCCAAGGGGGUCAUGUACAGCACAAGCUCAUCUAAAAAUGAUGAUGGGGGGCUUGAGUGUGACGGCAGGUUGACCAACGACGGCAAGACACUACAAAUUAACAUCCCAUAUUUUGGUGUGAUCAAUUUUGAACGAGGUGUCAUUUCAAAAUCAGUGGGAAAGAUUUCAGGCCAGAUAAAUCUCGACACGUCGACUUUCCCUGUUUCGAAUAUACUCAGCCCCAACCAGCCGGCCGAACAUAACCAACGCCCACCCUCUGGAUACGACGGUAUGUCUAUGAUGGGCUCUCUGCCUUCGAGUAACUUGCCAUCGAAUACACAACAGCCCUCUUUGUCAGAAGAAUUCAAUCAAAAUAGCUCCGGUGAUCAAUAUGCGGAAUUAAUUGGUUCCAUGGAGUUCCUACGCGAUGAGGGUGAUCUCCAAGGCAUUGAGGUAGCCUUUUUCGAUGGACUGUUCUGUGGGGCUGAGAUAGGGGGAAAUACGGAGGACUCUUAA